CCGCCCACCUGCCACGAACUCCUCGACUCCCUCCUCGCGCCGCCCCCCCUCGCGGAACUCAAACCCCUCCCCCCCUUCACCGGCUACACCGGGCACCUCUCCAUCAACGGCAUCUCCGGCCACCACUUCCACGCUAUCGCGCAACGCCUGCCCGAAGAAAACAACAACUACCCCACCCAGAGCGGCUACGGCGACCAUGACGUCGUCAGCUCCUCCACCUGCGCCGCCGACGCGGAACCACCCGAUUUGGAAGACGUCAAACCUUUCCUAGAAACUGACACUAAACCCUUCGCGGAGACCACGUCAGCCGCCGACUCCUGCGCCGCGUCGUGCUCGCCCCCCGCUAAGCUAUUCGAGGAAGGUCCCAAACAGGAGAUGUACGACAUCAGCUCGAUAGAAGACAUCGCGGCCAUCAUCGGCUCCGCCAUCGCAGACACCACCGUCCCCUCCCAGCCCGAGGACCCCGAGCGGAAUGACUCGCGAGACAGCUGGAUGGACAUCGACGCGUGGAUCGCCGGCGCCUGCAAUCAGCACGGCGACAAAAUCGUGCCGCACGAUCUCAACGAAUUCGUCUUGCCGACGUCGCCCCCGCCACAGUCGCAGAGCCAUCACGGCCUCGAAUUCUCUUGCAAAUCGGGGCAGGACUUUGUUAAAAGCCAAGAGUUUCUACAGAAGAAUCUGAAUCAGGCGGGCUCGACGCUCCAGUCGCUGCUUACACACGGUUACAUGCCUUUGCUACAAAAUCGGUUACAGAAUGGGCCACCUGUCAAGCAAGAGGCUCCGAGCUCAACCAGCUACGGAAUGGACGUUAUAUCGACAUCGUCGCCACCCGGAAAUGCGGUGUCGACAACAGACGGGGUGGGCGGCAUUUUGAACGGGCGGUAUGCCUCUCAUUACGCACUCGGCUUGAAACCAGAAGGGUUGUGCAGUCCAGAAAGGUUACUAGGCUAUCCGCACGCGCACACUACCACCGUGACUCCUGUAAGUAAAAGUAAAAGGAGAGGAGUGAAGACGAAACAAACAAGCAACGGGGGAAGUAUUCACGGUAGCUCGCUGUCGUUCCCGUCGGCGACGGCCGCGGAGCUUAGCGGGCUGCUGGGCAAGGAGAAGCCCGUGCACCGCUGUGGCAUCUGCAAUAGGGGAUUCCUGAACAAGUCCAACAUCAAGGUGCACCUGCGGACGCACACGGGCGAGAAGCCGUUCCGCUGCGACGUGUGCGCGAAGGCGUUCCGGCAGAAGGCGCACCUCAUCAAGCACCAGCAGAUCCACAAGAGGAUCGGCAGGGACUAGAGGACGAGGCUCCUCGCUAGCUCAAACGAAGCAUUUCUAUAGAUUUAGUUGUGUGUGUGAACGUUGUCGCUGAGAAGCAUCUCACUGUGUAGAAUCUCAUGUAGGAUACGUGUGUCGUGUUUGUUUCAUUGUCUUCUAACUAAGUUAAGAGCGAUGUUCAGAUAUUAUUAUUUUUAAUAACCCUUAGUAUAACAUUCCUAAGGACAAGUGCAAUGUUAACUAGUUUUAAGUAUCUUCAGACUUAUUUUGAUGUAGAUAAUUGUUUACAAAAUGUUGUUGUGUGAUGGAUGCGGUCGAUUGUGACUAGAGUAUUUCAUUCCGUUUUAUUAUUAUUGUAUAGAUUAAUCCGUCUGGUUAGGUUUUAAGUAUCUUCAUACUUCGUAUGUCUUAAAUUAAUUGUACUCAUUUGCCAACUAAAGCGCGUGUGUAAGAAUACUGCGCGCGUUUAGAGGCUCUCAAAGCAUGAACGAAUAUAUCUUAAUAUUUUUAUUUAUAUUUUGUAUGUGAAUGGUUACUCCGAUUACCUACUUAUAGUCAAAUUAUCAUAUAGUCUUAUAAUUGUAUAUUAUUAAGUACUUAAUUAAUGUUAGCGAAACAAAGAUGACAAAGCAAAUGAGGCUAAAUUGAAACUUUGAACAUUUUGUUCGUCAAAUCGAAUAACAACUAAUACUCUUCCAUAAUAAUUUAUAAUACUAAUAACUUCAUAUUAACAAUCGUUCUUCAAGUUCAUCUUCAUAUUUUCAUAUUAGUAACUGUCAUAAUAUUUAGCUAUUUUAAUAAUUAAUCUAUUGAUAAAUGAAAUUACAGUCACAAAUAUUACACAAACAAACGAAUGUGUUUCGAGCAAUUAGCUACAACAAAGUUGCAUUGUCCGUUAGCGAUCCUGAAAAUGUUACCUUUUGUAAAAAUAGGUAAAUAGAAUUUUAAAAGAUUUAUAUUGUGUUCACACAUUUAUGUUAUGGCUUCUCUGUCACGCAAUUUUCAAUGAUGAGGCAUUUUUCAUGAUAAGUGUUUAUGGGCGGUUAUUGAUUUAAACUACAAUUUGACUUAUUGAUACUGUUCCACCGAAAUCAUUAGUAGGCGUUACUUUUAAAGUGUUUCAUUAUAUUACUCAAAAUAUUCGAUACCCGUGUGCCUGACUAAAUGAAAAUAUUAUUUGGUUAUUAUGAAACUACAUACAUACACAACCGAAUAGUUUUCGUUCGUUUUCAGCCGAAAGACGUCCACUCCUGGACAAAGGCCUCCCUCAAGGAUUUCCACAAAGACCGGUCCUGCGCCGCUCGCAUCCAGGCACCUCCCGCGAGCUUCACCAGAUCGUCGGUCCACCUAGUGGGAGGCCUGCCCACGCUACGUCUUCCGACUCGUGGUCGCCACUCAAGAACCUUCCUGCCCCAGCGGCCAUCAGCUCUACGAGCUAUGUGCCGUGUGGGGUGUGCGAAUAGUCUUCAUUUAUACCAUUUUUUAUCAUGUCAAUUUU